ACCUCCCGCAAGACGUACUUUUGUAUGUUUGCUUGUGUUAGUUUCAACGUUAAUGUUUCACGAUUUCAUUCUGACCAGGAGGACUCAAUAUGCUUCAAAAUUGGAGAUGGAACCGUCUUUAUGCAGAUGUUCGUUCUCCAUCUAGCUCUGUUGAACAGUCGCAUCUCAAGCACGAGAGUCUCCCAGAGGUUGUCCUCUCGGCCCUCACCGAGAUUGGCCAAGAGGAAUCUUCAGUUCCGGUUUCGAAGCAACGAAGCUACGCCGGUAAAAAGCCUGUCAUAGCAUCCUCUCUCGCAAACACACCCUGUGCUGAACUCGGUGUUGAUGGACUUCUAGAGAAACUCAACACCAUCUUCGGUACACCAUACGUUCUCGACAUCCCAUCCACAGCUUCCUAUCUCUUAGAGAGGCUCUUAUUUUUCCUUGGAAUCGUGCACACCACGUCCCUAUACUCCCUUCUCAAAGGCUAUAUCGCCGAAGACUUUGGUACUGCCUACGCUCAUCUUCGCCCAGUCCGGCACACGGACUUGACUAUCACUGCACAUAAGCUACGCACCCGCAAAGCCCGAGACCGCAAAAUGCGGCAUGCCGUACUGGUCAAUAACACACUCGUCGACUCCCUGGUGCCUCCUCGAUGUGUCUGGGAUCUAUAUAGUAAUCGGGUAGUUCCAUGGUGGGCUGUUUCCCAAAAGCCUUGGGCGAUAUCACACGCUUGGAUAGAAGAAUCGGAUCGCACAGAUGUGACAACGCCCAUCAAUGGCUGCAAACGGCCCGUGCCAAUCCCGAAAGACACCAACCUGGACUGCAUCCGCAUCGAGAUGCUGAAUCUGGGGGCUGAGUAUGUCUGGCUUGACGUCCUUUGCUUGAGGCAGAGAGGCGGAAGAAGGGAGGAUCUGCGCGCAAAAGAGUGGAGGGUCGAUGUACCCACUAUCGGAGGGAUAUAUCGCCAAACGAAAAUAGUAUGCUACUUCGGCAGCCUCGGACGACCUUUCAAGGAUUUGAAGGCGGACGACUUUGAGAGGACCAUAGAAGAAGAUAUACAAAGGAGGCUUCAUGAGCAACUGACACUGCUCCGGAAGUUGCAGGACGCCCGAAAUGUGUUUCACGUGCUAUUGCAGAUGCAGAGCCGCGUAUCCACAAAUAGGGUGGACAAGGUUGCGGGAUUAGCGCACCUUCUUCGCUCGAUAUCUAUUCCGGCAUACUACGAGAAACGAUCUGAAGAGGAUGCCUGGACUGCGCUGGUGAACGUGAUGUGGAAAUGCCUCCGAGAACAAUUGCUCUUUGGAUAUCCUGGUCCUGGGGACGGAAACAGGAUAUGGCGACCGUCAUGGAAGCAGGUCAUGACUGAGAAGCUUCCGUUGCAGUCGAUGGGCCCGCAUAAUAUUGUCACUGGUUGGGAAGUCGACCCUGAUAUCGACCUAUGCAGAGGGUACUACGUUGAAUCGGCCCUUGUGCAAGGAUUGGCCGAGGAAGACUCACGAGGGCAGUCCCGACGGGGGAAGUUGAUUGUCAGAGAUAAGGACGGGAUGGAUCAUGUGUUCGAGAUUGUCGCUAAUCACCAGUACCCAAUAACAGAGGGCUCAUAUACAGUAGUGGGCAAUAUCGGUGAAUGGAGCACUGAAAAGAAGAUGAAAUUUUGGCUUGUUGGUCGAAGACGGUCUGGCUAUAAACGGAGGUUCGAGAAAGUGUCGAUCUUCAUACUACCCGACAACGAAGACAGAAAGAGGUUAGAGAAUCUGGACGUUGUGAAAUGGUCUACUGUGCUUCUUGCUUGAUAUAAUCAUGUAUCCUUUUCGGCAUACUUAGAGCAGUGAAAAAUAUCAUAUUGAAUCCUCCUCGUAUCCCUUCCGGUACGGGUCGCCAUAGGUGCUGAACUUAGUUUACUACAGGGUACUAAACACUAGACUUCCCCGAAGUAGGCUGA